ACGACCCUCGAACACAGUGCGGGACCGUAGCAGUGAGAGGACUUAAUUUGCUUGUGGGAAAAGUGUGCUUCCCGAUAUCAUCGCUUUGCUGAGGCUUGAAGGGCACCCGAAUAGCUUUCCUUUGGUCAGGAGGAAUUGACUACAACGCACGACUACCAUUGCUAUCCCCGGCACCGCAACGUAACGACCAGCAUAACGGCAACGCGGCAUUCCGAUCGCGCAUCCGAACGACUGCAGAAAGAGUUGGUAAAAAUACCGGUGUGACAGCAAUAAUAGACCAACAGCAGCAGCAGCAGCAGCAGCAGCAGCAGCAGCAGCAGCAGGAAGUAACGUUGGCUGGAUUGGGCUCUCGAAAGCUGUACUGUGGCCCAGGUACAUGAACCCGCGGGAGUGGUGUGGCGCGGCUGCAACAUCCUUUAUACGCCUUUUGUAGUCGACGACUCGCCGCGUACCAAAGGCGAACGCAAGAAAAGCAUUCCACCACCGGAAGGCUAACAGCAAGUGCUCAGCAAGCCACUGUACAACACACAGCAUUCCGGGUUGGCGGCUUCCGAAACAAUAGGCGGAUCGAAAAUGGUGCCCACCAGUGUAAAGUUAGUGAUAUUUUAUUAUUUUAUGGUUGUUUGCGUGUUCAACCCGGUAGACAGCGGAGCGGUGAAGCUAACCAGUGAAAACAUCGACAUGACCCUAGCGUCUAACGAGUUGGUAUUGAUAAACUUUUACGCCGACUGGUGCAGGUUCAGCAACAUCUUACAACCGAUCUUCGAUGAAGCUGCCGAGAAGGUGCAGGCAGAAUUUUCCGAACCAGGGAAAGUGGUUAUGGGUAAAGUGGACUGCGAUCGUGAGUCAGCGGUCGCUUCAAGGUUUCACAUCACCAAGUACCCGACGCUGAAGGUGCUGCGGAACGGGCAGCCCACAAAACGCGAGUAUAGGGGCGCCCGGACGGUGGAAGCAUUCACCGAGUUUAUUCGAAAACAGCUUGAAGACCCGAUCCGCGAGUUCCAGAAUAUCAAGGAUCUAGAACAACUCGAUUCGAAGAAACGCAUCGUGGUCGGGUACUUCGAUCGACGAGACAUGCCCGAAUAUAACACGUUCCGGCGCGUCGCUACCAACCUCAAGGAAGAUUGUCAGUUCCAUGUCGGGUUCGGCGAUAUUGUGCAGGCCUUGCAUCCUCCAGGUCAUCCAAUCAUCGUGUUUCGACCAGACGUAGCCGUGUCGAACGAGAAUGACGAAACAUAUACCGGAGAUCUGCGCAAUUUCGAUGAGAUGAAUAUCUGGGUACAAGAAAAAUGCGUACCACUGGUGCGCGAAAUCACCUUCGAAAAUGCAGAAGAGCUUACCGAAGAAGGUUUACCCUUUUUGAUCCUCUUCUAUGCUCCGGACGAUCUCGAUGCGAUUAAAGAUUUCAAAGCGAUUGUGCAGAUGGAUCUUAUUUCCGAGAAGCAGAAUGUCAAUUUCCUGACAGCCGAUGGAAAGCGGUUCGCUCAUCCGUUGCACCAUCUCGGAAAGACGCAGGCCGAUCUUCCGCUGAUCGCAAUCGACUCCUUCCGGCACAUGUAUUUAUUCCCUAACUUCAAAGAUAUUUAUGUACCAGGAAAACUAAGACAGUUCCUCAGCGAUUUGUACAGUGGUAAACUGCAUCGAGAAUUCCACUAUGGCCCAGAAAAAGAAACGACAGUGGAGGCGAUAGGUACUGAUGACAGCAAAAAACCGACCACGCCACCUGAGUCCACGUUCAAGAAUCUUGGUCCUUCGAAAAACCGUUACACGCUGCUGCGUGACGAACUGUAGGCGUGCGGCCGUUCCUUGGGUCUCUUAAGUCUGUGCCUGUUGUUUUUAUCUCAUUCUAGUUUUACAGUGCCCGUUCGCGAAUGAUGCUGUGAAAUAUUCUCUGGUUCAUGUAGAAUGAGAAAAAGGGCAGAAGGCAGAAACCAACUAGAGAGCUCAUUACAUGGGGAACGGGCAACUUUCCAGUGUUUUUGAAUUCAUGUUUUUCAGUCCGUUUCCCAACAUUGUAGCUUUCCUAAAGGUGUAUCACGAGGUUAAAACGUAUUAUAAGUCAGAUCAAGUCAAGUUAGUCAAUUGGUUCCGCCCAAAAACACAAUCACGUUGCCUUUGUUUUAAAUCUCUUUUUGCAUAUGGCUCUGUGAAUAACGAAGAGGAAGGGAUAAAAAUGCAAAAGCGAGUUGAGCAUAUCCAAAGAAUCGAAAGCCAGCGUUUCUUUUGUGUUUGCGUGUUACAUCGAAGUAUCUUGUAGGUUUGUGUUUAUUUAAAGACGCACUGGAGGGAUUUUUAUCUAAGUUUUAACAACUUGGCAUCCUUCCCGCCUGCUUCCACUUGUCACUAGAUAGUGCUUGCUUGCGGAUUCACUCUGUCCCCAAAUCGAGGGUUUGUUAAGUUCCCUUUCCUUUCGCAUCGUUCCAUAGCUGCAGCUGGAAAUCUAGUGAACCGGAAGUCUGAAAUGAACAGAGCGUUGUCAUAAUGUUAUUACUUUGUCGUUUUUAUGCGGCUUUUUGUUUCAAUUUGUGAUCACACACCAGUGCCGUGUUAAAUUGCUUUUUUAGUUCUCUCAUUUCACUCGCAGUUGUUCCCCACUGGAGUGCAUCGGGAACUUCACAGGUUACAUGUCUCUUGUCUCGGACAUGUUUUAUAUAGGUAUUUCUCUUAACAUCAUUUGGAAGAAGAGCUUAGUACAGCCAACCGGCAUAAUAAGGCAGGCAGAAGCAAGUGGAAAGUGGAGCGAAUGCUACAGUGAUUUAAUAAAUUAAAAUUCUUACCCUGA